UUCACGGUCAUCUGCUGAGUAUAGUAGCGGAUAGUUAAUUUUGCCAUCUAUUAUCUCUGAAAUAACGCAGUUGCGGCAGAUUGCCAUCUGUGCGAUCGGCAUACAAUACCGUGGUGCGUCUUUGGUAUUCAUGUGUACAAGACAAUUCUUUGAUUACUAGUGUCACCUUCUUGGAGUGAGGUGAACUAAAUAGUGAGGUGCAAAGUUUGUGUGGACCCAAAGACUACAGAAAUUUAUAUAAUCAUUGAUUUUACCAUCUAAUGCAGUUAUUAGGUUAUUCCGAUUGGUCUUUGAGAAGAAUGGAGUUUGUGAUUGUGUCAAGUUAAUAGGUUACAGUUUGAAAUAAGAACUACUUGCGAGGCUCCGGCCGUGUCAUGCAUUUCUAUGUCAAGUUACACAAGGAUUCAUGUUCAUGAAGCCCAGCAGGCCGAGGACCGUGUGAGCCCCAAAAGAAAAAAAACAACCACUGACAGUGAUAACAUAAGUAAGAAAUUGAAACUGGAGGAGGUGGAGGAGGAGGAAAGAACUAUGAAUGACACAACAACGAAUAAUCAGAAGAGAGCUAACUUCUCAGCUCUGUCAAAUCAGAAUGGAGUAAACAAGGCGUCGCUAGUCACAACAAAGCCCGGUGCUGCCAAGAAACUAGUGAUUAAAAAUUUUAAAGAAAAACCAAAACUUCCAGAUAAUUAUCAAGAAAGAACAUGGGAAAAACUGAAAGAAGCUGUUAUUGCAAUUCAAACAUCAAAAUCCAUACGCUAUAGUCUUGAAGAGCUGUAUCAGGCAGUUGAAAAUAUGUGCAAUCACAAAAUGGCAUCUACUCUGUAUGUUAAUCUUACAGCUCUCACAGAACAGCAUGUGAAGGCAAACAUCGAACAGUUCAUGGCAGAAUCUAUGGACAGACAAAUAUUUUUAAAGAAGAUGAAUGAAUGUUGGCAGUCCCAUUGUCAGCAGAUGAUAAUGGUUAGAAGUAUCUUCUUAUACCUCGAUAGGACUUAUGUUUUACAGAAUCCCACAAUUCAUUCUAUAUGGGAUAUGGGCCUAGACUUGUUCCGUCAGCACAUAGUCUUAAACACUCUUGUGCAAACAAGAACUGUGGAGGGCCUUCUUAUGUUAAUUGAGAAGGAGAGGCAAGGAGAUACUGUUGAUAGGACACUAUUAAAAUCAUUGCUAAGAAUGCUAUCAGAUCUCCAGAUAUAUCAAGAUGCUUUUGAGAGCAAGUUCCUAGCUGCGACAGACAGAUUGUAUGCUGCUGAAGGGCAGAGAUUAAUGCAAGAGCAUGAUGUUCCUGAAUACUUAGCUCAUGUUGAUCAGAGACUCAAGGAGGAGAUGGAAAGACUUAUACACUACCUGGACCCAUCAACAAAGUGGCAGCUUAUACAUACAGUAGAAAAGCAGUUAUUAUCAGAGCACUUAAGCAGUAUUUUACACAAAGGACUGGAUAACUUGUUAGAAGAAAACAGAGUUUCUGAUUUGACAUUGCUGUACAGUUUGUUUACAAGAGUGAAAAAUGGUUUAGUGGAACUAUGUCUGAAUUUCAAUACAUAUAUCAAGAAAAAGGGAAGAACAAUUGUCAUUGAUCCAGAGAAGGACAAAACAAUGGUGCAAGAGCUACUCGAUUUUAAGGAUAAAAUGGACAACAUUGUUAAUUAUUGCUUCCAGAAAAAUGAAAAGUUUGCCAACAGUCUUAAGGAAGCAUUUGAACACUUCAUUAAUCAACGAGCAAAUAAACCAGCAGAACUUAUAGCCAAAUUUGUGGAUUCAAAGCUUCGUGCUGGCAACAAAGAAUCAACUGAAGAAGAGCUGGAAAGACUGUUGGAUAAAAUCAUGGUGUUGUUUCGUUUCAUUCAUGGAAAAGAUGUAUUUGAAGCCUUUUAUAAAAAGGAUUUAGCUAAACGAUUACUAGUUGGGAAGUCAGCUAGUGUGGAUGCGGAGAAGAGCAUGCUUUCUAAACUGAAACAGGAAUGCGGUGGUGGUUUUACUUCUAAACUGGAAGGCAUGUUCAAAGACAUGGAGCUCAGUAAGGAUAUCAAUGUUGCUUUCAAGCAGCAUAUGGGGAAUUUACGUUAUCCUCAACUAGCCAAUAUUGAUUUGACUGUGAAUAUUCUGACUAUGGGUUAUUGGCCAACAUACCCCGUGUUGGAUGUUAACUUGCCGGUAGAGAUGAUACAAUAUCAGAAUAUUUUUAACAAAUUUUAUCUCGGUAAGCACAGUGGGCGCAAGCUACAGUGGCAGCCUACUUUAGGACACUGCGUUCUGAAAGCUUCAUUCACACAGGGCAAGAAAGAACUGAUGGUAUCACUUUUCCAAGCCUUAGUCUUACUUCUCUUCAAUGAAUCAGAUGAGCUUUCAUUUGAUGAGCUGAAAGUGGCAACUGGUAUCGAGGAUAUUGAGCUGCGUCGGACGUUGCAGUCCCUGGCAUGUGGUAAAGCGCGAGUACUGCAGAAACAACCAAGAGGACGAGAUGUGGAAGACACUGAUAAGUUCCAGUUCAACAAGGAUUUCUCCAACAAACUUUUCCGAAUAAAAAUCAAUCAGAUUCAGAUGAAGGAAACUACUGAAGAACAGAAGGCCACAGAAGAACGUGUUUUCCAGGACAGACAAUAUCAGAUUGAUGCUGCUAUUGUUAGGAUAAUGAAGAUGCGAAAAACACUCAGCCAUAAUUUGCUCAUCAGUGAGUUAUACAAUCAGCUAAAGUUCCCAGUGAAGCCUGCUGAUCUGAAGAAACGUAUUGAAUCUUUAAUUGACAGAGACUACAUGGAGCGUGAUAAGGACAAUCCUAAUCAGUACAAUUAUGUUGCAUAAAAUACAAAAGACUGUUUGAAACAGUAACUUGCAAGUGGAUUCUCAAAAACCUGAAAACUAACUCUUAGAAUGCAGUUUGUGUAAAAUAAAUUAUGAUUGCAAUGGAAGUAAUUCAGGUUUACAAAACUGUACAUUUGCAGGAAACACGAAUGUGGUUGUGUGUGUAAAAAUGUGAAGAUUUAAAUGUAUUUACUUUUUAUUUUAGAAGGCCACACUUGUGGCUUUUGUGUGUGUGUGUGUGUGUGUGUGUGUGUGUGUGUGUGUGUGUGUGUGUGUGUGUGUGUGUGUGUAGACACACAUGUGAGAGUUUAAAUGAAGUGAAGUCAUAAUGCAUAAGAUUUGAAUAAAAACCACUGAAGAAGCUGUUUUUAAAA